GCGACGCGGGCGGCGGGCGCGGAGGCGGCUCGGCAGGAGGCUGUGCGUCCGCCAGCGACGACGCGGGGUCGUCAUGGAAGUGAAGGAUGCCAAUUCUGCACUGCUCAGUAACUACGAGGUGUUCCAGUUACUAACUGAUCUGAAAGAGCAACGGAAGGAAAGUGGAAAGAACAAACACAGUUCUGGGCAACAGAACUUGAACACUAUCACCUAUGAAACAUUGAAAUAUAUAUCAAAAACACCAUGCAGGCACCAGAGUCCCGAGAUUGUUAGAGAAUUUCUCACAGCAAUGAAAAGCCACAAGUUGACCAAGACCAGCUUCGGCCGUUCAGAGCCCAGCAGGACAGCGACUGGUCGAGCUGAAAAGCUUCAGCUGUUGAAUCACAGGCCUAUGACUGCUGUUGAGAUCCAGCUGAUGGUGGAGGAGAGCGAAGAGCGGCUCACGGAGGAGCAGAUCGAGGCGCUUCUCCACACCGUGACCAGCAUUCUGCCCGCGGGGCCAGAGUCCGAGCCGAAGAGGAACCCGGACGACGCGAUGGGGGAUGACGAGGACGCCGCGUAGGGGGGGCACGGCCGGCCUGGCCGCCUCAAGACCCUGAGAAGUCAGCAGCCGGUGCCUGGGCACCCAGAGGAUUGCUCGGGGUUUCACUCUCCGUCCCAGCAGGCCUGGUUUCACAGUUGGCUGCAGAAACCACAAAAACAAGCUUAGAAGAGGUCCUCGUGCCUCCGGGAGACGCAGCGUGGUGAAGACAGACGGGGCUGUCAGGGCAGAGAGCUGAAGGGAGGCGGACGAAGACAGGACGAUGACCGUGCAACCCCCUGUGGUAAAAAUGUUUCUUCUGUGGCCUUUGCCGUAGUCGUGGGCAGGCCCCGUGCGCAGCAGGAGGACUGCUUGUGUCGCCCGUGAUGGGCCGUGUCCUUGUCAUGUCGUCUGCUGCUCUCCGCGCUUCCCGAGCAGGGUGCUGAGUGCCGUUGUGGGGGCGUCGAGCGGGGAGAAUCCGGGCAGAUGACCGGACACUCCCGGAGCCGCAUGUCGUUGCCGUAGGCUGGAAUGAGCCGCUGGACUUGGCUCACCGGAGAGGAAGCUCUUCCUCGAGAACAGCAAGGAUGAGAGAAGAGAGGCCUGGCAGGGCUCUUGUUCACCAGCUCACUACUUAGUCUGCAGCGUUAGGGCACUGCCCGUUCCAGCGGACGAGCCGCACAGCAGGCCGCGGACAGCGGCGACAGAAGUCCAUCGCCGGCUGCCCUUCGGCCCGUGUGCGUCUCCUGCCCACCCCCGGAGGCCAGGUGGGCUGCGCUUGCCCCGGGGUGGGUUGUUUGCGUCUUUAGAACGGGCACAGACAGGGACCGGAUAUGAAGGACUUCAGCCUGGCAAUGAGAACUGGAGUGUGUUGGCGGUGGCAGUGGCCUCAGCGCUCCAGUUCCGGGUCCGGGGAGAAGGACCAUGUGAGGAGCUUGCAGAUACCGAGGUCUGGAGAGUUCAGUAGCCCCAGACGGGUGGUGGCCUUAGGUCCCGGGAAUAUUGCUGAACAGUAAUUGCCCACAUUUGCUCUGCCCCCCAUUUGGAGAAGAAAAUGCCCACAGACAUUAAUUUUUCAAAUCAGUGCUCCUUUUAUUGUGAGAUUACAUAUUUUUUGGUGCUAUUAAUCGGGUUACUUCCCACGCCCUUGUAAUUACAAGAUUAUUUCAACCACCCCCAACCCUGCCAGUCACAGUGAUGUGGCUGUUAACCUUAUCACUGAGGAUCAGCUGAGACCUGUUCACAGGCACAAAACUAGAAUUCGAAGGGCAGUUUUUAAACUUCUCUUUGGUAUUGGGAGUUUUACCAGGAAUUGUUGAUUUAUUUGUCAAGGCAUCGGAUCUGUGUCACUGUUUCAUUUUAACCUUGAGUGUAUUCAGUGCAUUUAAUGGAUUAAUCUAGUUAAUAAUAAAUUGUUUCCAAGUGACUGCCAA